UUUACCACAAUUAUAAUUUUGCUAUUUCCAAAAUAAGUUAUUAAUUACAAAAAAUGGUUGAUAAUAAGCAUGGUAUGCGGGCUGUUAUCCUUGUCGGGGGAUUUGGCACUCGACUUCGUCCCCUUACAUUUACGGUGCCUAAGCCAUUGGUUCCUAUGUGUAAUAAGCCCAUGAUUAUUCAUCAGGUGGAGGCCCUCAAGAAAGCUGGAGUCACAGAAGUGAUUCUCGCUGUUUCCUAUCGUCCCGAUAUUAUGAGAGCUGAGAUGGAUAAAUGGGCACACAAGAUCGGUGUUUCGUUUGUGUAUUCUGUUGAAAAUGAACCAUUAGGUACUGCUGGACCCCUUUCACUGAUACGCGAAAUUCUUAUGCAAGAUGACAAUCCCUUCUUUGUUCUCAAUUCGGACGUCGUAUGCAAAUUUCCACUUGAGGAUUUCCUUAAAUUUCAUAUAAAACAUGGUAAAGAAGGAAGCAUCAUGGUUACCAAAGUCAAGGAUUGGGAUAAGUACGGCGUGGUGGUUUAUGAUGCAAAAACAUCCUGUAUCGAAGGCUUUCUUGAGAAACCUAAGCAGUUUGUUGGUGAUCACAUUAAUGCUGGUAUUUAUAUUUUUAAUAAGAACAUGCUUUCACGCAUUCCACAGACACGAGCUUCCAUGGAAACGCAAAUUUUUCCUAAUAUGGUCCUCGACAAUCAACUUUGUGCGUAUAACCUAGAGGGUUUUUGGAUGGAUAUUGGGCAGCCUCACGAUUUCAUUAUAGGUAUGGGCAAGCUUUUACCCUUCCUGAGUGAAACUACUUACAAAACGGAGGAAGCCCACAUUGAGAAAACGCGUGACGGGUCAAAGCUUGGUUUUAAGGUUCUUGGGAACGUGUUAAUCGAUCCCACUGCUACAAUUGGUGCCGGUUCCGUCAUUGGACCGAACGUUUCGAUUGGUUCUAACUGCAGGAUCGGCCCUUUCUGCCACAUUCAUUCUGCGGCGAUCUUUGAUAAUACAACUAUUGGAGCCGCUUCAGUAAUUUCACAUAGCAUCAUUGGCUGGAGCAAUCGUAUUGGCAACUGGUGCCAUGUGGAGAAUGACUCCGUUCUUGGUAAUGAUGUCGAAGUGAGCGAUGAUGUUAUUGUAAAUUGUGUAAAGGUACUUCCUAACAAAGCAAUAUCAGUAAAUCAUUUUGAGCCUGAAAUAUUAAUGUAAUCAAAAACAACAACAGUGUUGUAAAUUGCGAAUAUAGCGUGUUUUCCUAUGAAACGAGAAUACGCAAUGUAUUUGAAUGACGUCAAAAGUAAUUGAUUUAAUAUGAACCAAUCAGCGUAUGUAUCUUUUAGAUGCCUUCAUUAUUCGGUGUUUUCCCAUUUGCUAAUUUAUUUUGUUUACAUUUACAAAAAAAUCUAUAUUUUAUAUUGUUGCGUGCCUGUGGCUCGUUUAUAUUUGAAAAAAUGGUUGUGAUAUAAUUAAAACUAUUGAAAAAUGAAAACGUUAUAAAACAUUUAUUUUUCUUAAUGACUAUCUUUGCCUAUUAGUUUUUUCCACUUUUUAUGGUAUAAACUAUUGAUUUUUGUGCAUGGGCUUGAAGUAUCCAUUUAUCUAUCUAUCUAUCUAUAUAUAUAAGUAUAUAAAUCGAUAGAUAGAAGGAGAGAGAGAAAGAGAGUGAUAAAUAUAUAAGAUUUUUUAUGACCUAAAAA